CUGUUGAAACUCCAAAAUGUCAGAUGGUGAAAUGGGCAACCAGUCGCUUGGAGUAUGUUGUGUUUGAUACAAAUCAUCAAGACAACGCAGAUUCUGAAGCAGGAGACCAUGUGUUUAUUAAGUAUAGAAGGAAAAUAUACUAUUGUUACUAUGAAGGAUGCCGUCGCACGAUGACAAAUAUUUCCGACGGUUCGUUCGGAUCGUAUCCAGCACCAGUUACCGAAAUGGAUCCUCGUUCCCAGUACUGCUCGUGGCUAAUUACCAUUCCUACAAAAUGCGUCAUCUCCUUGAAUUUCAGUGAAAUGAAUAUACCCAGCUGUGAUGACACGUUUCUAAGAAUCUACGAUGGUGCUAACGAGAAAGCCCCAUUGUUGGGUACAUUUUGUGGAUCAAAUGCAAGCAAACAAGUACAGAUUUCCUCAUCAACAAAUAGUUUAUACGUUGUAGCAAAUUCAGGGAGGAUUGGGGGACGUCUUAGACCAGUUUUUGCUUUUCAAGGCCAUUACAGCGGGAGUUUUAAAGAUUCAGGUUUCCGUUGUACAACUGCUCCCAGCGGUCGAGUACCAUUUUUUUCGCAAAACUGCUCGUGGCUGAUUACCAUUCCUGCGACAUCCGUUGUUACUUUGAGUUUCAGUGAACUGACUAUACCCAACUGUGAUGAUACAUUUCUAAGAAUCUACGAUGGUGCUAAGGAGAAAGCCCCAUUGUUGGGUUCAUAUUGUGGAUCAAAUGCAAGCACACAGAUCGAGAUUACGUCAUCAACAAACAGUUUAUACGUUGUGGCAAAUACUGGAAUGCAUGGAAAGAAUAAAAAGGACGAUACAUUUCUAAGAAUUUACGAUGGUGCUAACAAGGAAGCCCCAUUAUUUGGUACAUAUUGUGAAUCACGAUCAAAUGCAAGCACGGAAGUCGUCAACAUCACAUCAGCUGGAAACGCUGUGUAUGUUGUGGCAAAUUUUGGGAGAAAUGGAAAAAAUGAAAACCAAGUUUUCUCGUUUCGAGCUCAUUUCAGCGGGAGCUUCAAAGAUUCAGUGAACGAAGACCGUAGUUUAAGCAAACUCGUUAUAAUAUUGUCGAUCGUGGGUUUGGGGCUGCUUCUUAUCCUCGUCAUAAUUGUUGUGUUGGUAAAAUACAAACGGAGGAAUGCAGAAACAAAGUCAAUAGUAGCUCCUGUUAAUAUUCCACUGGAGAAAGUUGAAAAUUCAGAGGUUGAUCAGGAACCAGUGUGUUCGGAUGAUGAAAUAUCAACUGAAUAUUACGAAAAUGCGCCCGUACACAUUAGGAAUGCUGAACCAAAGUCAGUAGCUCUUGUCAAUAUUCCACUGGAGAAAGUUGAAAAUUUAGAGGUUGAUCAGGAACCAGUGCGUUCAGAUGAUGAAAUAUCAACUGAAUAUUACGAAAAUGCGCCCGUACACAUUAGGAAUGCUGAACCAAAGUCAGUAGCUCUUGUCAAUAUUCCACUGGAGAAAGUUGAAAAUUUAGAGGUUGACCAGGAACCAGUGCGUUCAGAUGAUGAAAUAUCAACUGAAUAUUACGAAAAUGAGCCCGUACACAGUGACCAAGUGGAAGAUGACGCUUACGAAAAAUGCUUUAUUCCUGGAUACACCGAGGUGCAUGGACACGAAUAUAAGUUAUAUAACUCCAAUAUGUGCAAGGAAAUUGAGUUGCAGACAGUCCGGAACACACAAGGAUAUCAGUUUCAACUUUGCAUGGUUACCAAAGCAAGUUUUCAACGAAUUAGUCAUAUUUUACCCUGGAUUUUUGGAAUAGCCCUUUCAUUCAGCCAUGGCCAAGAUGUUGAUUGGCCAAGUGGUAGCUAUGGUCUUCCUAAACCCAAGUCAGGAUGUCCAAUUAGUAAAACGAGCGUAUGGAGUGAAGGAUGGAGGUUUCAGGACAUGGAAAACAAGGCGUCAACUCAGUUUUUCAGAUCAAGAUUGUCCAGUGACUCACAUUUUGAUAUCAAAAUCAUUGGAGAAAAGAGAGAUAUAAACAGGACUUUUUGUAUGAAACAAAACUCUGGUCGAGUACAAAACGUUUUCUGGCCCAGUGGUAAAUAUUGUAUUUACAAGAAGGAUGGAGCGUGUCCUAAAAAUAUGGCGUCCGGUUGGGUAAAAUGGGACGAUGAAAAUUAUAAAAACCGCAAUAAAAAAAGGGGAUCGCUGCCCCAAGGUGUAUAUAAUAAAGAUACCAAAAUUCAUUACUGUUGCCAAACUAAUGGUAAAUGGUAUGAUUCCAUUGAACUACCAGUGAAUCGACCGUUUUAUUUAUUAACAUCCAACUCUGUUGACACUCCAAAAUGUCAGAUGGUCAAAUGGGCAACCAGUCGCUUGGAGUAUGUUGUGUUUGAUACAGAACAUUCAUCUAAAACGAAUUCCCAAGCAGGAAACCACGUGUUUAGGAAGAAUAGAAGGAUAUACUAUUGUUACUAUGAAGGAUGCCGUCGCACAAUGACAAAUAUUUCCAGAGGUUCGUUCGGAUCUUAUCCAGCACCAGUCACCGAAAUGGAUCCUCGUUCGAAAUACUGCUCGUGGCUAAUUACGACACCUGCAACAUCUGUUAUUUCCUUGAGUUUCAGUGAAAUGACUAUACCGAGCUGUGAUGACACGUUUCUAAGAAUCUACGAUGGUGCUAACGAGAAAGCCCGAUUGCUGGGUUCAUACUGUGGAUCAAAUGCAAGCACGCAAGUCCAGAUUACUUCAUCUACAAAUCGUUUACACGUCGUGGCAAAUUCAGGAAGCAUUAGAAACCGCCGAGUUUUUACUUUUCGAGCCCGUUAUAGCGAGAGUUCGAAAAGUUCAGAAGUACGUAGAAUAGAAGCAAACCAAGGGAUAAGCAAACUCGUUAUGAUAUUGGCAAUCGUGGGUUUGGCGCUGGUUCUCAUUAUCAUCAUAAUUGUUGUGUUGGUAAAAUACAAACGGAGGAAUGCAGAACCACAGUUAGUAGCUCCUGUCAAUAUUCCACUGGAGAAAGCUGAAAAUUCAGAGGUUGAUCAGAGACCAGCGCGUUCGCACGUUGAAACGCCCAAUUACGAAACCACAUCAGAAAAGAGUGAUGACAGUUAUGACACUGUUAACUUUCUGGCCAAAUCGCCAUUUGAUGAAAAAGCUAAAAAGAAGACGGAAUCUAAUGAUGAUGUUUAUACGGCGUUGGAUCUGAAGGAACGGGAAACGGAGAAUGAUUAUGAGAAGUUGUUUAAAUGAAUUUUUUAACACAGAUGGCUUGUCCUUUUGUCAUGGCAUGAUUGAGAAAAACGAAUUCUAAUUAUCCGGGUGACUUUGCAUACUUAAUUUUCAAAAAUUCGUUAGGAUUACGGAGAUAGGGGGAUUAGCCUUCAGAUUAGGAGUUUUAAUUGAAGUUUUUGAAAUAUAGGGAUCUGGUUAGGAGAAUAGAUCUUAUAUUGUGCUUGUGUUGGUAAUUCCAGUGAUAAAUCUUUGAAUAUUUCACUGAAAAUUCGAACUAUCGUAUUUAGUAUGUAAUGAAAUUCAAGCAAAUCACACGUUAUAUAUCCGGGAAUUCUCGCGAGCACUGAGAUUCCUUUAUCACACAAUUCCUUGAAAAUAAUGUAGCACCUAGCAGCUUCUAAAUUAAAGAAUUUAGGCAAUUGAAAAAGAAAAUUAUUUUCUAAAGUGGUAGCACUGA